AUACUGCUGUACAUUAUUCUAACAACAUGAAACCAGUGGCGAUGUUCACGUGCCUGAUCGUGCUGAUCUUCACCCUGCAGAACGCACAUUGCGCUUGUCGUUAUGCUCAUCCCUACCCAUACGACCUGUGUGGACCGAGAGAGUUCCAGGAGUGUGGUACCGCUUCACAGACGUGUGCCGAUCUUAACGAUCCUCCAAAGCCUGUACGCUGCAGUGUGUACAGGGAUGCUUCUGCAAACCUGGAUUCGUCCGAGAGUCUCUACAUGGCCAAUGCAUUCCGGAAUGUGAAUGUCGCUGCUACUGAAGUGUCGAAAGAAGAAAAGGAUCAGCCAUUGUUUCAACUAUACGCUUAUAAUAAAUGUGAGCAACUGCCACUGCAUUGUUUGAAUAAAAUUUGAGCAAUAAUAGCACCAGUUAACUAUCACCAUGGGCGGGAAAGAAGAGUUAAAACAAAAGCGUUUU